AUGGCGUUGUUAGUCAAGCGAUUUCGACAAUCAUCCUUCUCCACCUUCGCCAAACGAAGAUCAUUUUUCACUCGUUUGGAUUACGAAAUCCCUUUAAAGCCUCUAGAGGAAGCAGUGAGGAGAGUUGCUGCUGGGCCUGCUGACGUAAGGCCAGACCAUUAUAAGCUGGUUUACCAGUGGGCGCAAUCCUUAUAUUGUGGGAAGAAUAAAAGUCUUCAGUUCAAGACCAUCCCACAUAGAUUGGGAUGGUUUACCCAUGGAUUAUGGGCCCAUACGGCCAACGUUGAUCACUUCUGCAGCAAGAACCCACAGCCCCUCUUGUCAUGGACGGAUUUAAAGGCCAUUCUAGGACUCAACCUGAUGCAUCUUUUGGAUCUUUGGCCAGAUCUAAAAGAUUGUGCUAAUCCUCUAGCAUGCUUGGAGUUUUGUCUCCAUCAGUGGAACAAACAUGGCAGACACACAGGGUUUACGUUUAAGGAGUAUAUAGAGCUUACCUUGAAGCUCACCCUGGAGCUCAUUGAGGCACACCCAGAUGGGCCCAAUUCAUGUUUUGGAGUACAAAUGGAUACUCCUAUGACGAUAGCCUCAGUACAUGCCGCUCUGUCAAUUCCAUUCAGGAAUUGGAGGUUGGGGAGUGUUUUCCAAUGCUCCUCCUCUGAGGUGGAAGUUCAUGGGAGAGUGGGGACAAAAAAUGAAGACAAUGUGGCAGAGUUGCGAAUUUGGAUAGACUCGCUGUUCGGAACAACCAUCAAAUCUAGAGUUAGAUUCUCAGGAAGUUGUAACAGCAAAAGACCGGUUAUGGCCCAAAUACCUUCGGCUUAUCCAUCCAAGGGCCCCGAUAAGUUAUCCACAUCAAGGAAUAGCAUGUACGUUGGAGCAUACCAAGCUGCAAUCAGCCACAGCAAUAUCCCUGACCUUUCUUCAGAGGAAAUUCUUGACAGGAACUACAUCAUUUACCGCUCGUGUAUUUGUCUUGGAAGUUAUCAGCGUGUGAUUGACGCGGUUGAUCCAGCAGCCCCAUUAAAUCUUCAGGCUGUAAAACUGCUUGCAUUGUAUUUCUGGAGCCCGAAAACCAAGGAAAUGGCAAUUUCGAAAACCUUUGAAUGGCUAGGAGAUCCAUUCAAAAGACACAGCCCCACAUUCUGUUUGAUUGCAGGGAUAAUAUUCUUAAAUGAGCAGAAUUACAAUCAGGCAUUGAAGGUUACAGAAGUUGGGGGAACAAUGGAACUCUACGCUUUCAAUGUUCAUAUUCUUCUCAAAAUGAACCAAGUUAAUGCUGCCACAAAUCAAUUGGUCGUUAUGAGAAGAAUAGACCGAGACCACGUCCUUACUCAACUUGCUGAUGGAUGGGUGAAUCUUGCAGUGGGAGGUACAAGUACUGGAAAAGCAUUGACUAUAUUUAAUCUGUUAUCAGCGAAGUAUGGAAUGUCUAGAAUGUUACAACAAGGUUUGAUUACUUGCAACAUGGACAUGGGCAACUUUGACACUGCUGAAACUCUUCUACUUCAAGCCCUGAAACAAGGUGUAAAGCAUCCAGAAAUUGUUCAAAAUCUGGUUUACUGCAGACUCAUCUGCCUCUGCCUCCACCAUCAGAAGCUGUGUAAACUCGGGAUGCAUUUGGGGAAUUUAUCAUGGACCAAACAAUUCUGGCCCCAACCCUCCAUUUUGCCGCAUGUCCAUAGCUCGCCGGACGUCACCAGAGCUUCGGCCAGUGCGCCGUGGACACUGCCUCGUGCGGUUUUCGCUGAUGAUCAUCCUCGUUAG